AUGAGUGGAAGAGGUAAAACCGGUGGCAAAUCAAGAGCUAAGGCCAAGACUCGGUCAUCCAGAGCGGGUCUUCAGUUUCCCGUUGGCCGUGUUCACAGGCUACUUCGCAAAGGUAAUUACGCACAACGCGUCGGUGCCGGAGCUCCAGUGUACCUCGCCGCUGUUCUCGAGUAUCUCACCGCUGAGAUCCUGGAGUUGGCUGGAAACGCCGCUCGGGACAACAAGAAGAGUCGAAUCAUUCCCCGCCAUCUGCAGCUGGCCGUGCGUAACGACGAGGAGUUGAACAGACUUCUGGGCGGUGUGACCAUCGCGCAGGGUGGUGUGUUGCCCAACAUCCAGGCGGUGUUACUGCCAAAGAAGACCGACAAACCCGCUAAGGCCACAGCGACUAAGUUUAAAGCGUGA